UAGAUAGAUAGAUAGAUAGAUAGUUUUUAUUCAUAUAGUUGUAUGAGACUCAGAAGGAGAGGCACUUUCCUCUCUCUCUCUCUCUCUCUCUCUCUCUCUCUCUCUCUCUCUCUCUCUCUCUCUGAGACACACACACACUCUUUUCACACACAUACAGAUGCAUUUACAAACAGCUACACAGCGAUUUGUGCUGUGCAGAGAGGGAAGCACUCCCCUCCCCUGUGACUCCUGGUGAAAAGGGGGGAGCUAAGGAUCAGGAGACGUAGCCACACUCUUUCUGUUUGCCCUGUCGCACAUCAAGAGAAGCACACGUGUUUUUGGAGCAAAGGAACAACAGAGGGAAGCAUCAUGAAGGUCUGGGGUUGUGAGGUCAUACACGACACAACAUGCUUGUGUUGAAUUCUCCUCCAUCAUGAUAUGACCUGCUGAGCUGAGCGGUAAAUCAGUUCUGUCAUCCAGCCAGCUAAUGGAAGCCAAGUCUCAGCAAAAGUGCAUUGUGAUCUUUGCCUUGGUGUGCUGCUUCGCUGUGCUUCUGGCGUUGAUUUUCUCAGCAGUGGACUUUUGGGGAGAAGAUGAAGAAACAGAGGAAGAGUGUCCCAGGAACUGCAGUAUCGUGCUGGUGGAAAACAUUCCAGCGGACAUGUUGUUUUCAGACAACAGCACCUUCCAUCUACCUCUCUCCAUGGGGCUGAACAUCUUACUGGACAAAGCUCAGGAGGAUGUAGAGAUAGUUUCCCCACAGUGGUUCCUCGGUCCCUCUGAUUAUGAAUCCAGCUUCUACCCUGCUGCCAGACAGGGCAAGGACUUGCUGUCCAAGCUGCAGGAGCUGAAAAACAAAAGAAUCCAGUUAAAGAUUUCCACAGGAGAAUUUGACUCAGCGGAGCUGAAGGCGCUCGAGGACUAUCACGACGCUAAGGUUCACAAGGUGAACAUGACAGCCCUCACCAAAGGCCAGCUCCACUCGUCAUUCUGGGUAGUCGAUCGGAAACAUUUCUACAUCGGCAGCGCCAGCAUGGACUGGAGAUCUCUGGCCACCAAGAAGGAGCUUGGUGUGGUGGUGUAUGACUGCAAACCUCUGGCCUUGGACCUGCACAAGGUUUUUAACCUCUACUGGGGGCUUCAGUAUAAGACCUUCGUCCCCACCUUUUGGUCCAAGCGUCUGUUCCCCUUCUUUAACAAAGACAAACCCGGAAACCUCGUCAUUAACCGCACAACACUUCAGACCUACAUCUCUAGCUCGCCAGCUGCUUUCAUCCCCAAAGAUCGCAGCAGCGAUCUAGAAGCAAUCUCCAGUGUCAUCAGUGGGGCCAGUCAUUUCAUUUACAUCUCGGUUAUUGAUUACCUGCCCCUCCUCAGAAUGGAAAGUUACUGGUCUCGUAUCGACGGCCUUUUGAGAGAGGCACUGAUUUUGAGGAGUGUCCACGUCCGUCUGCUGAUAAGCUGCUGGGAAGAAACUAAUCCUCUUACUUUUAACUUCAUCUGGUCCCUGAAGAGCCUGUGCAUGGAGAAGGCCAACUGCUCCCUGGAAGCGAAGUUCUUCGGCCUGCAGAGGGAUGGCGGUCUCGGUGGAAUGAAUCACAACAGGUUUAUGGUUACAGACAAGGCCAUUUACAUAGGCAACCUUGACUGGGUGGGGGAAGAGUUUGCCAAUAAUGCAGGAGCGGGCCUUGUGAUUAGUCAUCCAGCUAACGUGACAGACAGGAACUUCACAGUGGUGGAGCAGCUACGGGCUGUUUUUGAGCGGGACUGGUUUUCACAUUAUGCCGUCCCGCUACAGGCUAAUAAAACCCCUGUCUGCAGCAGGCAACACGUCGACGUGUCAGUGUUUUCUAAAGCCAGCCACGGGCCCUACGGAGCCCAGCCUGGCAGAACAGGCCAGGACGACAACGGACCUGCACCGCUGAGAAACCGUCACAAAGCUGAUGGACCGACGCUGGACAGGACAACACCCCACGAAGAUAGCCUGAGAAAAAUGAGCUCCCAAAGCUUGACUAAUGAACAGGUGCCAGAGGAGGAGAGGGCUGGGAUCAAAGCGAAGGACCUCGCUGACGAACGGGCACGUGUGAAAAACUGGAAGCAAAUCAUUUCAGAGGAUCCACCGGGUCGGUGGGCUGAAAGCAGCGGCUUCAGAGAGAUGGCCAACGGAUCUCUGUGAUGUGUUAAGUGUGAUUCUGCGGCUGAACUUUUGUAGCAUUUUAGUAUUGUCAUUUUAUGGUUUAAGAAAAAAAAAACUUUGAAGAUUUAUGUACAUCUGGUUUGCAACUAUUCUAACAAGGAAACACUUGGGAGGGAAUGAAACUUUCUACUGCAGCCUUACACUUUUCACUGAUCCUGAAUGAAGGAAGCUGAAAAAUUAUGGGUUGGGUUAAACAAUGACUGUUGUGCAAACAAAAAUGUACCUGCUACAUAUUUAACCAUCUGUCAUUCAAAGGAUGUAUGGGGAUUUCAACUGAUUGCUCGAAUAUUGUAUGAAACAGAAGUUGUUUUUUCCCGCUCUUACUUUUUCACCCUUUCAAAGACCUGCAUGCCUAUGCAGAGACGGGGAGAGGUGCAGAAUGUGCAGCUAUAAUGGCUACAUCUUUUUUGGUAGCGCACCAAUAUAGCUGAAACUUAUAAUAAUUGCCUUUUUUUGUGUGGAAAACUAUGUAAAUAGUUUUGUUAACCUUCAGUGACACUUUUUGAGAGAAGACCAUUCUAAAAUAUACUUCAGUUCGUGGAAAAAGACAGUAAUGUGGCUCUGUCUGGACAAUGCCUUCAGCCCUUAAUGGAAACAACUCCUGAAACUGAUUGUGAAUACUGAUCCAAAGCUGAGGAAGAGGAGCUCUAAAGGCUCUUAUCAAAUCAAUAUUCAUCAAGGUUCAGCCGUUUUCAAGAUACUGGAAACCAUGCAGUUUCCCACAUAAGAUUGUAUGCAUCACUGACACUGAUUUCAAUGGUACAACUGUGCAUUUGCACACACUUACAUUACUAUUACUGGGGGAAAAAACUUCAGUACUUUUUCUCACAUGCAGAUAAAGUUAGGUUUUUCUUUCAUUGUGGACAAUGGGCUUUUACUCUGAAGGGCUCCUGACAAACACUCUCUUUCUAUUCCUAAAUCCCAACAAAGCAGGAAGACCUCAGUGCUUAUGUGUUGACUCUUUCCAAGUUCAACAAUGUAACUAGCCGUACUGAGACUGCAGACAGAAAAAAAAUGGGGACACUUGGAUCUCUGCUGUAAACCAAAUCAAUGCAAUGAAUUUUUAACCAAGCUGACAGCUGAAGUACCUGCUGCAGACCCUCAAGGACAUGUUGGGCUGUAAAUUCGUCCCUGAACCUAACCUGCAUUCCCUUUAAUGUGGGCAGAGCCAAACAUUAUGCUGUAGAUUGAGAGAAAAGCAACACUACUUAAGUACUUGGCUGAAAGCUUGUAGCAAAUUUCAUUUUGCAUUUUGAGCGUUAGCAUGUAGCCUGCGUUUGCACAAACCUAACCACCUUUUUGUGGUUAGUAAUUAUAUGUACGUUUUUUUUUUUUUUCUUACUCUAAAAGCCAUCGAUCAAGCGAACGGGAUGACAUCAUCCGCUAAAACUAUAGUUAGAUGUUUACGCAUGUUGUCUUGACUGCUAAAAGUAACAACGCUGUAAUAAAAGGUCCGUCAUUUAGCAUGGUGGAAAAUUCCAGUAGAAAAUUAAGUUCAAAAGCACAAAAGUAAAGAGAAUCGGUGGGAAAAGAAAUCCGAGUGGUCCACAGACAGGUAUCUACAAUGCCUCACAAAAGUAAUUACACCCCUUUAACUUUGUCACAUUUGGUUACAUUAAAACCACAGACUUCCAUUUUGUCCGCUUUUAUCAGUUUUAUCUUGAAUUUCACCAGCAAUGAACAUCUAGGAACUGAAGAGGUUGAACAUUCUUUGCAAAAUAGCUGAUGUAACUCUGCAGCUGUCAUUCUGCUGCUGGAAAAUGAACCUCCAUCCCAAUCCCAAGUCUUUUGUGGCCUCUGUCAGCUUUUCCUCCAGCAUUGCCCUGCAUUUAGCUCCACCCAUCCUCUCAUCCGCUCUGACCAGUUUUUAGUCACAACAGGAGAAAAGCAUCCCCACAGCAUGAUGCUGCCUCCAUCAUGUGUUACUUUGAUAAUGACCAUUAAGGGCUUCUUUUUGUUUUCAUUUUGCCCCUUUGUGAGUUUCCAUGAGCCCUUCUGAUGUGUGCAGUGGUAGUUUUCUGCCUAACACAACAUUUUGGAUGCAGGCCAAAUUUUGGUUUUGGUUCAUUCUGACUAGAGAGCCUACUUCCACAUGUUUGUUGUGGAGGUGAUGCCAGCCAAUCAGAGGGUUGAAUUCCCAUAUUCCCAAAUAUGGGAAUUCAGUUCCCAUAUUUGGAAUUGUCCUGCAGAAAAACAUUAAGUCCCAAGUUGCCUACUGAUCGGGUGUGUCAAUGUGACUUGUGGUGAAUAAAACGGCUUUUAGUGAUCGGCAUGACCAGGAAAGUGCUUAAUAAGUUCUUGUCAGAGUUUUAUUUGUAAAAGAGUUUAAAAACUAUUUUGCUAUCACAUAAACUCCCAAUAAAAUCCAUGGAAGUUUGGGGUUAAAACAUGACAAUGUGCAAAAGUCCAAGCGGUGUCAGUACUUCUGUAUUAUGUAUAUAUCUGGUUCAGCUGCACUUUACACUUUACAACCGAAAUCUUUAUUUCAGAUUGUUGGCUUUAUUUUUGCUAUGCAUAAAAAUGUUUGGACCAAACAAUUUUUUAAUCAAACAAUUAAUCAGCAGCUCAAUCAAUCAUGCAAUAAUUUUGCUUUUGAAGGACAAAAAAAAAAAAAAAAAAAUCAAGAGAACAUUUUGUAACCUCUUUCCUGCAUU